CGACGAGGGGAUUGACAUAUUUACUCACCAACCGUCCCGAUCCGCAUUCACUUCACUUAAUGAUUCCGCCAUGGGAGAAGAUAUCAGGAAUUUUAUAUAUACAGUACAUAUUAAUGAAUUUAUGCCAAUUUUAUCUAAAUUGUCAAAGUUGAAAUUCUCUACUUGUUGAUAUGGGUAUCAGAGAAAUCAAGUCGCCUGAAGUUUUAUCUGAAACGCCUGCGGUGGUAAGUACGGAUGAAAAUCCUGAGUCAUUAAAAAGUAAGAAGCUUGGCAUGUAUUUUGUUGAAUCCGACAACAGGCGUUCCCCUUUUGCCGGAGGGUAUACCACGCUUGGUACCACACCUGUGAAUAUCCAUGGGAAGCCUAUCACCGAUCUCUCCAAAACCGGAGGCUGGCUUGCUGCCUUCUUCAUUUUUGGGAAUGAAAUGGCAGAAAGAAUGGCUUAUUUUGGGUUGUCGGUGAACAUGGUAGCCUUUAUGUUCUAUGUGAUGCAUCGGCCUUUCACUAGUUCAGCGAAUGCCGUCAACAAUUUUUUGGGAAUAUCACAGGCUUCCUCUGUUCUUGGUGGUUUUCUGGCUGAUGCUUAUCUUGGUCGAUAUUGGACUAUUGCUAUUUUCACUACCAUAUAUCUUCUUGGUUUAACAGGAAUAACGUUAUGCGCCACGUUGAAUGUGCUGGUGCCUAAUCAAGAUGAGUGCAACCAGCUUUCACUGUUAUUAGGAAACUGUGAACCUGCAAAACCAUGGCAAAUGUUUUAUCUUUAUACAGUCCUUUACGUGACUGGGUUUGGAGCAGCUGGUAUUAGACCUUGUGUCUCUUCUUUUGGAGCAGAUCAGUUUGACGAGAGGAGCAGAGAUUAUAAUACCAAUCUCGACAGGUUCUUCAACUUGUUCUACCUCUCUGUGACAAUGGGGGCAAUUGUGGCAUUUACUGCUGUAGUCUACAUUCAGAUGGAACUUGGAUGGGGUUUUGCCUUUGGUGCUUUGGCUGUAGCUAUGGCAAUCUCCAACAUAGUAUUCUUUGUUGGUACUCCAUUAUACCGACACCGGUUGCCCGGGGGCAGCCCUCUGACUCGCGUUGCUCAAGUCCUCGUUGCUGCUUUCCGGAAACGGAAUGCUUCAUUUAAUAGUAGCGAAUAUGUUGGACUAUAUGAGCUUCAGGGGAAGAGAUCUGCCGUCAAAGGCAGCGGCAAGAUAGCUCAUACAGAUGAUUUCAGAUGUUUGGACAAAGCAGCUCUUAGAUUGAAAGAAGACGGGACAAAUAUGAGUCCUUGGUACCUUUGCACUGUCACCCAAGUGGAGGAAGUAAAAAUCCUGUUGAAGCUGAUCCCAAUUCCGACAUGUUCCAUAAUGCUAAGUGUGAUCUUAACCGAGUACUUGACUCUAUCAGUACAGCAGGCAUAUACACUCAACACUCACAUGGGGCGUCUUAAACUUCCAGUAACAUGCAUGCCCGUUUUUCCAGGUCUCAGUAUAUUUCUUUUGCUAUCUCUUUACUACGUCAUAUUUGUCCCUCUGUCAAGACACAUCACGGGUCAUCCACGUGGGGCUUCUCAGCUUCAGAGAGUGGGGCUGGGUUUGGCUAUCUCGAUCGUGUCUGUGGGCUGGGCUGGGUUUUUCGAGAGAUACCGAAGGAAUUAUGCGAUAAGAGAAGGGUAUGAGGGCAGUUUUCUGAGUCCAAUGCCUGGCCUGAGUGCUUACUGGCUGUUGAUCCAGUAUUGCCUCAUUGGCCUGGCUGAGGUAUUUUCCGUUGUGGGAUUAUUGGAAUUUCUGUACGAGGAGGCCCCGGAUGCUAUGAAAAGCAUCGGUUCCGCCUAUGCUGCUGUAGCUGGUGGUUUGGGCUGCUUUAUCGCCACUAUAUUGAACAGCAUCAUCAACUCUUUGACAGGGAAUGAAGAGAAAAGACAGACUUCCUGGCUCUCCCAGAACAUAAACACCGGAAGAUUUGAUUACUUCUAUUGGCUUCUAACGGCUCUUAGUAUCAUCAAUUUCAGCUUGUUCCUCUACGCAGCACGCAGGUACAAGUACAGAGUCAAAGAUAUUGUUGAAACCAAGGAACUACCACAACGCUAGCUAGGGACUACGUCUUCGUGUUUGGAGAAAUUAUAUUGCAUAUACUUGAGCAAUCACUUGGAAAAUGUAUAUGAUGCUAUGAAUUUAAAGAAAGAGAACAUAUAUAUAUA